UAGAUUUUACACCAGAAAUCAUCAUAAAACAAUUUAAAAAAAUGUGCGACGAAGAUUUAGUUGCUUUGGUAGUUGACAAUGGAUCUGGAAUGUGUAAAGCUGGAUUCGCAGGGGAUGAUGCCCCACGCGCUGUUUUUCCAAGUUUAGUCGGAAGACCACGAUACCAAGGCAUCAUGGUAGGGAUGGGACAAAAAGAUUCUUACGUUGGUGAUGAGGCCCAAACCAAAAGGGGAGUUUUAACCGUUAAAUAUCCCAUCGAACAUGGCAUCGUUAGCAAUUGGGAUGAUAUGGAAAAAAUUUGGCACCACACCUUUUACAAUGAAUUAAGGAUAGCACCGGAAGAACAUCCAGUUUUAUUAACGGAAGCCCCUUUAAACCCUAAAAUUAAUCGAGAAAAAAUGACCCAAAUCAUGUUUGAGACUUUUGGUACUCCAGCAAUGUAUGUUGCAAUUCAAGCAGUUUUAUCUUUAUACGCUAGUGGAAGAACAACCGGAAUUGUUAUGGAUUCUGGGGAUGGUGUAUCACACACAGUUCCUAUUUAUGAAGGUUAUGCUUUACCACACGCAAUUUUACGAUUAGAUUUAGCAGGUCGCGAUUUAACCGAUUAUUUAAUGAAAAUCUUAACGGAACGUGGUUACAGUUUUACAACAACAGCGGAACGUGAGAUAAUCCGCGAUUUAAAAGAAAAAAUCUGUAUCGUUUCGCAAGAUUUCGAAGGGGAUUUAACGAAAUCGGCUCAAACGAAUUGUUUCGAAAAAUCGUACGAACUUCCCGAUGGGCAAACGAUAACCAUAGGAAAUGAACGAUUCCGGUGUCCAGAAGCGAUGUUCCAACCUGCUUUAAUCGGGAUGGAAACUGCCGGAAUUCACGAGACUACUUAUAAUUCAAUUAUGAGAUGCGAUGUUGAUAUUAGAAAGGAUUUAUACGCGAAUACGGUUUUGUCAGGUGGGAGUACGAUGUUUGUGGGAAUUGCUGAUCGUAUACAAAAGGAAAUUGGAGCUUUAGCUCCUGCUAGUAUGAAAAUUAAAAUUAUUGCUCCACCCGAACGGAAAUAUUCUGUUUGGAUUGGAGGUAGUAUUUUGGCUAGUUUAACUACGUUUCAACAAAUGUGGAUUUCAAAACAAGAAUAUGAAGAAUGUGGACCUGUUAUUGUACAUAGGAAGUGUUUUUAAUGUAUUUAUUGUGAAUGAUUGUAUUUAAUAAAGAAAGUU